AUGUGUGAUACAGAGUCUCUCUUCCUCCCUACAGAAUCGGCGUCCCAGGGGUACCUGGACCUCACGGAACUCAUCGGAGUCCCAUUGCCCUCAUCCGUGUCCUUUGUCACGGGGUAUGGUGGCUUCCCGGCCUACAGCUUUGGGCCUGGCGCCAACAUUGGCCGGCCGGCUCGGACCCUCAUCCCACCCACCUUCUUCAGGGACUUUGCCAUCAGUGUCACAGUGAAGCCCAACAGUAACCAGGGUGGUGUGCUCUUUGCUAUCACGGAUGCUUUCCAGAAGGUCAUUUACCUGGGCCUGCGGCUCUCAGGCGUGGAGGACGGUCUCCAGCGGGUCAUCCUCUACUACACGGAACCUGGCUCCCAUGUGUCCCACGAGGCUGCAGUCUUCCUGGUGCCCGUCAUGACCCACAGAUGGAACCGUUUUGCUGUGACCGUCCAGGGUGAGGAAGUGGCCCUGCUGGUGGACUGUGAGGAGCACAGCCACGUCCCCUUCCAGCGGUCCUCGCGGGCCUUGGCUAUCGAACCCAGUGCAGGCAUCUUCGUGGGCAAUGCAGGAGCUACGGGGCUGGAGAGAUUCACCGGCUCCAUUCAGCAGCUCACCAUCCAUCCUGACCCCAGGGCCCCGGAGGAGCUGUGUGAAGCUGAAGAGUCCUCAGCCUCAGGGGAGACAAGUGGGCUUACGGAGACGGAUGGAGUUGCAGAGAUCCUGGAGGCUAUUACUUACACUCAAGUCCCGCCUGGAGAAGCAGAAGUAGAACCUAUAAACACACCUCCAACUCCAUUCCCUCCUUCUGAGGAUGCAGAGCUUUCUGGUGAACCUGUAUCUGAGGAAGCCGCCAACCUGAGCGUUAUUGUGCACAGCAUCUCCGAGCAAGGGUCUGGGGAGAUCCUGAAUGACACACUGGAUGGGGUUCCCACUGUUGACGGUGGCCCCAUAGCAGACAAUGGUUCAGGUGAUGGGGCCUUCCUUGGUGUCGUGAAAGAAAAGGUAAGUUUAGCAGCAACAGCAGCAGCUGGGGAGACCGAGGAGCCCGUCAACACUACCUUGGAAACAGAGGCUGGUAGUGUGCCCACUGAGGGGCUGGCCCUCUCCCUGUCCACCGAGAAGCCCGGGGAGUGGGUCACUUCAGGUUCAGAUAAUGAAGAAAGUUUAGCAGUAACCGUAGUAACAGCAGAGGAGUCCGAGGUGCCUAUCAGCAGUGCUGGGGAAGCAGAGGCUGACAGUGUGCCCACCCAGGGCCCAACCCCCUUCACAUCCACCAAGAACCUGGGAGAUGAGACUACUCCAGGUCCAAACGAUGAAGGAAGUGGGACCACAGCAGCAGAAGUACUACUACUCAGCACGGCCGAGGAGGAAGAGGAGGUCAGCAGGGUCCCCACGGAAAGCCUGGCCCUCCUCACACCCACAGCGACCCCUAGAGGAGGGGACGCUACGGGUCUUGGCAAUGAAGAUUUAUCAUCAGCAACCGAGGAGCCCCUUGCCAGCACCUGGGGAGAAGAGUCCAGCAGUGCUCCCCCUGGCGGGCCCCCACUCCCUGUACCUACAGUGACUCCUGAAAGUCUUUACAUCACUCCGGUGGGGGUGGAGGCUGAGGGCUCUGGCCUAGCCUGGGGCUCAGGCUUGGACUUCGGCUCCGGCUCUGGUGAUGUGGUGCACAGUGAGGAGCUAUUAAGAGGUCCACCAGGCCCCCCAGGCCCACCUGGCUCACCUGGGAUUCCAGGAAAACCAGGAGCUGAUGUUUUCAUGGGACCUCCUGGAUCUCCUGGUGAGGAUGGAGCGGCUGGUGAACCUGGGCCCCCGGGCCCAGAGGGAGAGCCUGGACUUGAUGGAGCCUCCGGUCUUCCAGGGAUGAAAGGGGAAAAGGGAGCAAGAGGGCCUAAUGGCUCAAUUGGCAAAAAGGGUGAUCCCGGAAACAGAGGCUUACCAGGCCCCCCGGGCAAGAACGGACAAGUUGGCACCCCAGGACUCAUGGGUCCCCCAGGACCACCUGGACCACCUGGCCCCCCUGGCCCUGGAUGUGAUGUCGGACUUGGAUUUGAGGAUAGUGAAGGCUCUGGAAACAUCAGGCUGUUGAACGAACCCAGAAUCUCCCGACCAACAGUGUCUAGUGGUCUUAAAGGAGAAAAAGGAGACCAGGGACCCAAGGGUGACAGGGGAAUGGAUGGAGUCAGUAAUAUGGGACCCCCUGGGCCCCGGGGGCCGCCAGGGCGCAUCGAGAUUUUGCCUAGUGCUUUAAUCAAUAUCACUCAAGGCUUCAUGAAUUUCUCUGACAUUCCUGAACUCAUCGGGCCUCCGGGGCCAGAGGGCAUGCCUGGGCUGCCAGGAUUUCCAGGCCCUAGAGGACCAAAAGGGGACACUGGUAUACCUGGAUUUCCAGGACUCAAAGGAGAACAGGGUGAGAAAGGAGAGCCGGGCGCCAUCUUGACUGGGGACGUUCCUGUAGAAAGACUGAAGGGGAGAAAGGGUGAACCUGGAACACACGGAACCCCUGGGCCAAUGGGCCCCAAAGGACCACCGGGACAUAAAGGAGAAUUUGGCCUCCCCGGACGGCCUGGUCGCCCAGGACUAAAUGGCCUUAAGGGUGCCAAAGGAGAUCGAGGGGUCCUGAUGCCGGGCCCACCUGGCUUACCUGGCCCACCAGGUCCCCCGGGACCACCUGGAGCUGUGGUUAACAUCAAAGGAGCUGUUUUCCCAGUACCUGCCCGGCCACACUGCAAAAUGCCAGUGGACACCACUCAGCUUGGGAAUUCAGAACUCAUCACCUUCCAUGGUGUUAAAGGAGAAAAAGGUUCCUGGGGUCUUCCUGGCUCAAAAGGAGAAAAGGGUGACCAAGGAGCCCAAGGACCACCAGGUCCUCCAAUUGAUCCAACUUAUCUGAGACAUUUUCUGGACAGCUUGAAGGGAGAGAAUGGAGACAGGGGCUUCAAAGGAGAAAAAGGAGAUUCUAACGGCCACUUCUUUGUGUCUGGGCCUCCAGGCCUGCCAGGAAGUCCUGGACUGGUUGGCCAGAAAGGGGAGCCCAUCGUUGGACCCCAAGGACCCCCAGGUGCUCCUGGCCUGCCUGGGCCACCUGGCUUUGGAAGACCUGGCAUCCCUGGACCACCAGGACCUCCAGGGCCACCAGGACCUCCUGCUAUCCUGGGAGCAGCCGUGGCCCUACCAGGUCCACCUGGUCCUCCAGGACAACCUGGGCUUCCUGGAUCCAGAAACCUGGUCACAGCGUUCAGCACCAUGGACGAUAUGCUACAGAAAGCGCAUUUGGUUAUAGAAGGGACCUUCAUCUACCUGAGGGACAGCACUGAGUUUUUCAUUCGCGUCAGAGACGGCUGGAAAAAAUUACAGCUGGGAGAGCUGAUCCCCAUUCCUGCCGACAGCCCUCCACCCCCUGCACUUUCCAACAAUCCGUAUCAGCAGCAGUUUCAGCCUGCACUGACACCUAUUUUAAGUGCCAAUUACGAGAGGCCUGUGCUGCACCUGGUUGCUCUGAACACGCCGUUUUCUGGGGACAUCCGAGCUGAUCUGCAGUGCUUCCGGCAGGCCAGGGCUGCUGGACUGCUGUCCACCUACCGGGCCUUCUUAUCCUCCCAUUUGCAAGACCUCUCCACAGUUGUGAGGAAAGCAGAGAGAUACAGCCUUCCAAUAGUGAACCUCAGGGGCCAAGUGCUUUUUAAUAAUUGGGACUCAAUUUUUUCUGGCAAUGGAGGUCAAUUCAAUACUCACAUUCCAAUAUAUUCCUUUGAUGGCCGAGAUGUGAUGGAAGACCCUUCUUGGCCCCAGAAGAUUGUUUGGCAUGGCUCCAGCCCCCAUGGCAUCCGUCUCGUGGAGAACUACUGUGAAGCAUGGCGAACCGCGGACAUGGCCGUCACAGGACUGGCCUCCCCACUGAGCACAGGGAAGGUUCUGGACCAGAAAGCAUUUAGCUGUGCUAGUAGGCUGAUUGUCCUGUGUAUCGAAAACAGCUUCUUGACAGACGCCAGGAAGUAA